AAUUUUUCCUCUCCUCCCCCCUUUCCCUUUUCCCUCGGCUUCCUCUCUUUCCUUGCACACCCCCGUCCCCCCUCCCCUCCACCCCACCUCCUCCAGCUCUUUCUGUGCAAUUGCACGAAGCUGCCGGGCGCGCGCAUGCACGCACACACCCGCGCGCACCGUGGAGGCGGAUAAUAAUCCAGCCAUAUUUCUGCAGCAGCAGCAGCAAGCAGGCGAGCCUGGCUGCCGCCGCCGUUGCAAGCAGCCAUCCGCCGGGGGAGCCGUGAGUACCGGGCAGGCGACUGGCUCGCUGCUCCCGAAGGCGCCUCUCAGGAUGUGUGCUGUUCAGGUGAAACUGGAGCUUGGGCACCGAGCCCAGGUGAGGAAGAAACCCACGGUGGAGGGUUUUACCCAUGAUUGGAUGGUGUUCGUCAGAGGACCGGAGCAUAGCAACAUUCAGCACUUUGUGGAGAAAGUCGUCUUUCACUUGCAUGACAGCUUCCCGAGGCCAAAAAGAGUGUGCAAAGAUCCACCGUACAAAGUUGAGGAAUCUGGGUAUGCUGGUUUCAUUUUGCCAAUAGAGGUUUACUUCAAGAACAAGGAAGAACCGAAGAAAGUCCGCUUUGACUAUGACCUAUUCCUUCAUUUGGAAGGCCACCCACCUGUAAAUCAUCUUCGCUGUGAAAAGCUUACAUUCAACAAUCCAACGGAAGAGUUCAGAAGAAAGUUGCUGAAAGCAGGAGGGAUCAUGGUAAUGUCAGAUGGAACCUCAGCUGCUUCAGGGCAGAGUCUUCACCUCCUGAACCUUCCCAGCAAUUCCCUGUCUUUUUCUGAAGUGAAGAAGAAAUCAUCUCAUGGGCCGAAGGACCCAAGUAAGAUUAUAAGCACUUGCAGCAGCAGCAGUAACAGUUUUUCAAAGCCCCAUAAAUCAAAUAAGGAGCACAAGGAGAAACCUUCUAAAGACUCGAAAGAACAUAAAAGUGCCUUCAAAGAACCUUCCAGGGAACAUAACAAAUCUUCCAAAGAAUCCUCCAAGAAACCCAAAGAAAACAAACCACUAAAGGAUGAAAAAAUAGUUCCUAAAAUGGCCUUCAAGGAACCCAAACCCAUGUCAAAGGAGCCAAAAUCGGAAAACAGCAUCCUUACCAUAGCAGGUGGGCAGCAACAAGAGAGGAAAGCCCCCACGAAAAGGCCUCCGGGGAUGGAUUCUGAGGAUCUCGCAGCCAAAAAGAAGAGGAAAAGUGGCUCAGAGGCUUUAUUUAAGAGUUUUUCCAGUGCUCCCCCACUGAUACUUACUUGUUCCACGGCGGACAGAAAACAGACAAAGGAUAAAUCUCAGUUUAAGAUUGGGAAAGUCAAAAUGGAAAGCGAGACACUGGAAAAGAAGAAGACCACAUUACCCCCGUUUGAUGAUAUUGUGGAUCCUAACGAUUCCGAUAUGGAGGAGAACAUGUCCUCGAAAUCUGAAUCUGAGCAACCCAGUCCUGCCAGUUCAAGCUCCAGCUCCAGCUCGAGUUUCACGCCGUCUCAGAACAGUCGACAACAAGGUCCUUUGAGGUCUAUAAUGAAAGAUCUGCAUUCUGAUGAUAAUGAAGAUGAAUCUGACGAAGCAGAUGAGAAUGACAAUGACUCUGAGAUGGAGAGACCUGUAAAUACUCAUGUAGGAAGCAGGGGCCGCAGGGUUAGUCUAAGCGAUGGAAGUGACAGCGACAGCAGUUCAGCAUCUUCACCCCUCCGCCAUGAACCCCCACCUUUAUUAAAAGCCAACAGUAACCAGAUUCUAGAAGUGAAGAGUCCUAUAAAGCAGAGUAAAUCUGAUAAACAGAUUAAGAAUGGUGAUUGCGAUAAGGCAUAUCUUGAUGAACUAGUUGAGCUUCACAGAAGGUUAAUGACACUAAGGGAAAGACAUGUACUGCAACAGAUUGUAAACCUCAUAGAAGAAACGGGACAUUUUCAUAUCACAAACACAACCUUUGACUUUGACCUUUGCUCACUGGACAAAACCACAGUUAGGAAGUUACAGAGUUACCUGGAAACGGCUGGCGCAUCCUGAGCACACGGCAGCUGGCUGCAUCGGAAACUGUGCUCUCUCUUUUUUAAAAAAAGAAAUAAAACAUUCAGAGUGAUGCAACCAAAAUGGCAGCAAACAAACGAAACCAACCAACUCUCUUCAGCUUUAUUUUUUUGUUUAAAGCCAGUUGUCAUCUCUUGAUAAAGGAGAAGAAAUGUGACAAGCCUCAGAGGAUUCGCUCUUCUCGCCAAGGAAAUGAUGCUCUGGAAGAGUUAGCCUGGAUAGCCUUGAAAAAAAAAAACACUUAAUGAAUGUGUAUGGUAUCAUGUAUCUCUCUAUGUGGUGUCCCAGGCCACAAGACGAAUGCAUGUUCAACACACUGCCUUAUUACAUAACUGAUCUAUUUAUUAUUGCAUACGCAUAUUCUGAAGUCCUUGAGGGAAGGACUCUGCCAGAUGUUACAAGUCCUUGUGUCCUGUGUAUUCUCUCCUUUGAUCCAGCGCCACCUUCUGACCUUGCGCCUGUUUUGGACGCCACUGUUUCCUGACCUUUGGGUAUCCCCUUGAGUAGUUUAAAAGCCCCGUUGUCUUGUUUCCGUUUUUGCAGUCCCCCCAAAACGAGAUGCCAAGUUGGGGAGCGGGGAUGGCAAAAAAAAGUCUCUCCUUUUUUUUACUGUUCAGUCUGCCGUAGCAGAAUGCCCCCCGCCCCCCAAGAUAUCCUCGUGUGUUGACCUUGGACCACAGUAGAAAAUGCGCCAAAUAGAACCACGAUUUGCUUUCUAGCCUUAGUCAGUAAACCGGUAGGACGUUCAUUAAAAGGAAAGAAGUGUUAUUGUAUACUAUCCUAAAUCCAGCAUUUUUUCCAUCAACAUCUUUGUGUAUGUUUUAAUGUGUUAUUAGAUACCUACAAAAGUGGAAGCACUCUAGAAUUUUGCCAUAAAAAAAGAAGAGAACUAGUCCCGUUUUCUAUGGAAAUGUUGUAGAAAGUCCUUAAUUUGGAGCUAUUUAUUACUUAGGAGUUCCAGCACUCAACUGCCAUGGGGUGCAGUUCAUUCUUUCUGUUACUAAAAAUAGAGGCAUAAAUUUGGUUCUUUGUUCAUACAGUAUAUUAUAAUCUGUUUACUUUAGAUUUCGGUUUUGCCUCUUGUUCUACCCGAUCAAUUAAAACAUUUUCAUUUAGGCAGUUAGACAAUGACAGGAUGGGAAACUUUCAGAAUUUCAGUACUUGUUAAGUAACAUUCAUUGAUCGUAGGGCUGUCAACCCAAUUAAAAAAAAUAGUUGAUUAAUCAUGUUAAUUUUAAUUGAUUAAUCAAUUACACCUGCAGAAGUUUGCAUGUGAAUAAACAAUACUUCUGAAGAUAGAAGUCUACUUUCCUUAUUUUUAGAAGAUUCAUGCAUAUAUCGCUGUAGGCAUCAUCUUAGAAGACACAUUUCCUUCUGUAAUUGAAAAGUAGAGGGGGAUGCCUUUUCUAAGACGGCACCUGUCAUCCACAGUUUUUGUAAGUACUUGUAUUAAAUAUAUAUUUUUCAAAAUAAUAAUAAUAAUCUGCUGUGCAGUUAAGGGAAAACAUUUUCAGUUGGCUAACAGAGCAUCCUAUGGUUGGUUGGUUGGUUGGCUGGUGGGGAGAGCGGAAGAACUGCCACUUCCUACCGUAAUGCCUGCCAGGCCUGCACCAGCCAGGGCAGAAGGUAGGCAGCAGCCCUCCCGCUAGUGGAGUAGGAAAGCUGAAAUAAUGCCAAUAUAUUUCACACCUGGCAACCAAUGCGCUUGCCCCUUGGGUUUCAGAUAGUACAUGGGUAGACAGAGCUAAAAAGCCUGAGACACAUAUUUUCACGGCCCUCUGGAGAGUAUGGUGGCUCAUUUACUGCAAUAUGUUUAGCCUUUUGCAGUAAAUUCGAUUCUCCUGCAAUAUGUUUAGUCUAUUGCAGUAGACUCGAUUCUACCCAAACCUCCUGAUGCAUAUUUUGCCCUAGGAGGCAUAGUUUGGUCAGAAUCGAGUUAACGCUAAAUAAAGACAUGACUUCUGGUAGAUGAGUUACCGAUGCUCUUUAGAAGGCUGCAAAAAUGGGUGUCCUGGGCUUUUUAAGCUCGUCUACUCAUGUACUUUCUGAAACCCCAAGGGCACAUUGGUUGCCCCCCCCCAGCUCUGCUACUCCACUACACACUUUUUCCCCUUCCCCUUGGUUUCGAUAGCAGGGAAAAUGAGAUGUCGGCUCCAGAGUUGAUGUCUCUUUCCUCCCUCCUUGGGGUCAUGUCAGUGGAACAGGUGAGCUUAGAUCUGGCAGAUCCACAAUUUUCCCCCUUUUAUCCUCAAUCGCUGCAAUAAGGAGGCCCCCAAUGGCAAAGCUCCUCCACCUUCUCCAGACCUCCCACUCCGCUGGCAGAGAGCGGAGGUCCACAACAUUCAAAGGACCCUCUGUCGCCCUCUUCAGGAGCUUAGGAUUGCUCCCUAAAAGGUUCUGAAUUGGCUAAACAUUCUGCCACCUUCAGUGCUCUUUUUCUAGGAAAAAAGGUGCCAGAACUCACCAUGUUCUCUUCGAAUGCCAGUGGCACCCACCUGAGAGGGGCCAGAACUGAGUUCCGGCUGGGGGAAAAUAUAUCCCUGACCAUCCUAAUUUUCAGAAAGAUUUCUUUUCGGUUAAAAAUAUUACUUUGAUUGAACUAAUCAGAAACCCUGGGGAAGAGACGCUUACUGGAAGAAGCCAUUCAAGUUAGGAUUUCGGUUUUUACUCUCAUAUGAAAGAUGUUGCUUAAGAAAUACUUCUGGGUCCAAAGGAUCUGUCAGCCUUAAAAAAAAGAAAAGAAAAGAAAAAAGCCUGUGUUUGAGAAGCCACCGUAUUCCCAGUGUCUGUCUGUUUGCCAGGUGCCAGCUAUUGCCACGGAGUCCACCUGUAGAAGCAUCUGUGAGUGUCAACAUUCCAUGCGCAGGGUUUUGUGCGUUAAUGUAAAAUUAGGUUCCUACUUAGGGGUAUUUCUUCAUAAUCAAAUGGGAAUUCUUAACUCUUGUUUCUUUAAGUCCAAAGAAAUUGUUUCCUUUUUUCCCCUCUUUUUUGUAUGUGUGUAUGUUUGGGUGGGUGUCCUUGUUUUUUUAAAUUAAAAUGUUGUUUGACCAUAAUCUAUGGAAAGUCUUUCUCAGGCUUCCGAAAGAACAAGUGUACUUUUUCUUCAGUAAUGUUAUGACUCUUAUUGAUGAUUGGCAUGAAACAUACUUGAAGCGUUACGUUCUUUUUUAAGUCCACAUGUUAAUUAAUGUGCAAUUGUUGGAGUGGGAGGUUUUUGAAAUCUCUUGACAUCAAGCAUAUGAUGUGAUGUUGGAGUGUGGAGGGGGUGUCUGAGUGGGGUAUUUUUUACACUUUUGUUAACAUUUUUAUAUGAAACGUUUGAAAAGGCUAUCUUUCACUUUUUUUAAUAGUGCACAUUCGACAUGUUUCAUUUCAGUUGAACACAAAAAAGUGUGUGCUUUUUUGGUCCAUUUUGACUUUUCUAGCUAAAUUUUGUGGCAAAAACUCUUUAAGAGGUUGUUGGAAGGAGCACAGACCCGCAUAACAUUUGAGUAUAUAUUGGACAAAUCACUUUUUAUUUUGUUUUUGUUUUUUAUAAAAACCUGGCAAAAUAAGUCCUUGGAGCCACAAAAAUAGUAGCUGGUGUACAGAAUUUGUGGGGGUGGAGGGGUUAACUAUGUAAAGGGAAUAUUACUGCAAUUACAGUAGACUCUUAACUCUGACUUGCAUGUAGUUCAUCAGUCACCCUUAUAAAAUGUUAGUUCUCUAGUUUGGUGAGAAUGAGGAUGGAAUAAACACAUUUCAGCUGCA